AUGGGACAGCAGCAUUCUGGAUUCGUGGUCGAAAUCGCUAGUCCACGCCUUGGUCGAUUCCAGGCCAUACCACAAAAGGACCCUGAUGAGGAGAACGAGCCUUCGUGGCGAAUCACCGUCAAUCCAUCUGCCGAACUUUUCGGUUCGCCUCGCCUCCGAAGGGAUAUCGAUCGGCUCUACCAUCAGCAAAAGCUCCUCAGUCCUACCGAUGCAAAGCGGGUGCUUUCCGCUCUUCAAGCCAUCGAUCCCUCCUCUGAUUUGCUGUUACCGCUCCUCACAGUGAUUUCAAAUGCUACUGCCUAUCCUGCUAAUCAGGCACUAAUGCGUGAAAUGCGAAUAACCGAUAGAGUGGUGGAGAUGAUCUUCAUGAGUCGAAGCGGAUGGUCUCGUUCCUGCCGUAUCAUGUUGUUGCAGUGCCUUGCCAACAUGGCGGUCUGUACGGAAAACCAUGUUGUGCGUCCUGCGAUUCCAUACGCUGUCCAAUGUCUAUCGCAAAGUGAUGAAACGGAAGUCGUUGUGGCUCUUCAAGCGCUUACAAACUUAUCACUCAAUAUAUCCCAAAAGGAGAUUUCACAAUUCUUGCCAGCAAUUCCACGCUGCUUAUCGCAACUGUGGUGUCGAGGUGAACCCAACAUCAAUGCACUUCGAUUGCUUGUCAAUUUCAGCUGCUGUCCCGAUAUGGUGCCAUACAUGCUUGGGGCUAAGUCCGUGAGUGGUCUUUUGCGACUAUUGGACACAGAUCGUGAAGAAGUGCUUCUCCGAAUUGUCACUUGGCUACUGUGUACCUCAUCAGCGGUCGACGCUUUGAAUCUAACGUACGAUCGGAUAGCUUGUCAUAAUCAGGACCCGUUCCGAAAUCCUACGCACACAUUGUACCAUUCCAUAUAUGGCCCCCAAGCUCGGAAAGAAUUGGAGCAACGCGCUCAAGAACUAUCCGUUCACCGUAACAUAAACAUCGCGAACAAAGCUACAAGAUUGUUAGAAACACUAAAAAAUAUUCCGAUGUUCGUCACACUCGGCUCUCAACUGAACCACUUAUGA